AUGGUAAACACUGUUCUGUCGAACCAUUCUGUACAACCUCGGGACGUGUAUUUGUGGACCGAUUCAUCGACGGUACUCUCGUGGAUUCGCUCGGACCAUAGACGAUACAAACAGUUUGUCGCUCAUCGUAUCGGAGAGAUAUUGUCGUUAACACAAGCUGAGAGCUGGCGAUGGGUACCAUCCAAGGACAACGUUGCCGACUGCCUGACAAAAUGGGUACGCGACACCGAACCGGAUUCAAAUGGUAGAUGGUUUAAAGGACCAGCGUUUCUCUACCUUUCUGAAGAUGAGUGGCCGCAACAACGAGUGAAGACGAACACAGCCGAAGAGUUGCGGACGAGUUUCGUGUUAGCUCACAUCUCGCUGCCCGCCACGACUAUAGAUGUUUCAAGGAUCUCGAAGUGGAGCGUAUUACUGCGAACUUUAGCCUACCUAUAUCGCUUCAUCAGCAACUGUCGAUUGCGCGUUCUUGGACGGCCAAUAGAGACUAUCCCAGCAACUAUAAACCAAGUGAAAUGUCUCAAACGGUCGGUUCCCUCGUGUGGUGUGCCACUGAAGCAAGAAGAGUUCCAGCGAGCAGAGUGCUUUCUAUGGAGAACGGCACAAAGCGAAUGCUAUCCGGAUGAAAUGCGAACCCUGUUGAAGAACCGCGAUCAGCCUGUCGCGGAACGGAAGUCCAUCGAAAAGAGCAGCCCGCUGUAUAAACUGUCACCGUUCGCCGACGAAUACGGAAUCGUUCGAAUGGAAGGAAGGACAGCUGCCGCUGCCCACGCGAACUUUGACGUGAGGUUCCCUAUAAUACUCCCCAGGGACAAUCAGAUUACCCAGCUACUGUUGGAGUUCUACCAUCAUCAAUGCGGCCACGCGAACACAGAAACGGUCGUUAACGAAGUUCGUCAACGCUUCGAGAUAUCGCGUCUACGCUCGGCUGUUGGAAACGUUAGCCGGAAUUGUAUCGCUUGCAAGGUACGCAAGUGUAAACCGUUUCCUCCUCGAAUGGCACCUUUACCCGAACACCGAUUGACUCCGAACGUCCGACCCUUUAGUUACGUUGGCAUCGAUUACAUGGGCCCAUUGGAAGUGACCGUUGGUCGGCGCAGAGAAAAGCGAUACGUAGCGGUUUUCACUUGCCUCGUGGACGCGGAUCUCCUGUUCAAAUCUUCUCGGACAAUGGCACUAACUUUGUGGGUGCCAGCCGAGAACUACAAAAGCAAAUAG